AUGUCUCAACUUGAAUGCCCCACCAAAGCUCCUGCUUAUUAUACAUUCGUGCUGCAUACUGUAGCGGCUGUUUCGGUUCCAGUCAACGUUCUCGCACUAUACCUUGUUUGGUAUAAUUCGCCAAAAUCAUCGAAAUAUCGCUUCUGUUUGUUGUACGUUCAGAUUUGCAUGUUCGUCACGGAAAUCUACAUGUCCGUCAUUUGUCCGGGAUAUUAUUUCUUCCCGAUGCUGGGUGGAUACAGCACUUCCUUUCUUACCGCCUAUAUUUCAGGUCACAUCAGUGCGGUUUUCUAUCUCUUUGUAUUUUGUUUCGAAUUGCCUGCUUAUCUCUCAUGCUUCCUUUAUAGGAAUGUUUGUGUAGCCGAUCUUGAUCCGAGUCGAAAACCGCGAAAAUCUCUGAUGUACGGAUUUCUGAUGUUCACCCACAUUUUUCCAUUUGCCACUGCUUUUUGUAUUCAUUUGGCAAAACUAACCGACGAGCAAGCGUAUCAGGGUUUAAAGACGUAUUUUCCGAAAUGCAUGCAUGUUUUGACAAUUCAAGGAUUCGCAUAUUACGAGUUUCGUAUCAACGUCUGGAUUGGAAUUAUUGGAAUUGUAGCUGUCGUUUUCUUAUUCUUCACUUCAUCAUAUUUCAUAUAUCUUACAUCCGACACAAUAAUAAUUCUAAAAAACUUAAAAUUUCAUAUGUCGGAUCAAAGUUUUAAUAUGCACAAAUCCGCGCUAAUUAGUUUGCUACUGCAGUGUUCUAUUCCUGUACUCGUUAUUAUUCUACCAAUUUAUUUUAUAGGAGUUGUUGUAGCAAAAGAUCUACACGAGUAUCAAGAAAUGGCGACUGACUCAAUGUUUUUGCUCGGCAGCCAUUCUUUGUUGAGCUCUAGUAUUCUGAUCAUCUCCAAUCCGACAUAUCGCCUAAAAGUUGUUGAAAUGUUAAAGAAAAACCUUGUGUUUCAAACGAUUACACUGGGAAAAUUCAAACCAAAACACGAGCUUAAUUCAACAUUUGACGGACAACAGGGACCAUUUGGUCCACAAGGAUUCGGUGGACAGCAAAAUGCUCCUGGCGGUUUCGGCGGCCAACAACCUGACAAUGGGCGACCAAGAGGCCCACCGUUGCCAUUCCUUCAAAAUGUUACUGAUGAGGCUCGCAAAGAAUUCUUCGAAAUUGUUUCCAACGAGAAUUUGACCAUUCGCGAAAUUGAAUCGCAAACUGCUCAAUGGGCCCAAACAAAUGGUGUAUCUGAUCUUUACAAUGAAGUUCAGUCGAACAAGACUGCUUUUGAAAAUGAGAAGAAGCAAAACAUUUCUACUGUGAUCUCCAACGUGCCUUCUGUUCAAUCUUCUCUUCAGGCAAUCUUUGACAAUAAGGAUCAAACUCAGUCCCAAAUCAGAGAAACUAUUGAUAAUCUUCACCAACAGUAUCCAUUGGAAGUUGAUACUCUCAUGCAAAUCGGUCGUCCUAAUCACUUCGAACCAGAAGAACAACAGGGAGGAGCUGGAGGAGAGCGAAACAACAAGAAGAAACAAAAUAAAAAUAAGAACAAGAAGAACAAGAAAAACAAGAAUUCUGAUGCGACGGAUUCUGAAUAA